ACAAGAUGGAAAUUAAGCAUGUGGGUAUGUACCUAAAAAAAGAGUUUGUGUCUGAAUUAUUCAUCAAACCAUUGCAGCACUACCCCAAAAACCCCACUCAAGCUGCUGCUUCAACUAUUCUAUGAUAAAUUCAUUUCAUUAAUGGCAUCCAAUACCGAUGAUAUCGCCGCCGGUGCCGUCAACCUGGAACUCGAAGCCAUGAGAACAGAUGACUGCUCUUGGCAACCUUGCGAAAUCUACUUCAGCCCAACUGGCGGUGGUCUUGUUGUAAAAUAUGAGGACAACGAUUCCCAAGAUACAUUAACGAAUGAAAAAGAAGCUUUGAUGCGAAUUCGAGCCCGUUCUCUUCCUCUCCAAGAUGAUGACUGUGCUCACAUCAAACCAGGUGAGACUGUUCUUGUCAAUCGAGACUCAGAAUCUGAAGGAGGGUUCUUUGAUGCAGAGGUAGAAAAGGUGAUACGGGUGAGGCAUUCAAAGAGGACGAAAUGUAGAUGUAGUUUCAUGAUUAGAUGGCUGAAAAAAGAUGUCAAUGGUGGAAGUUUAACAGUUCCUUCUUCUUCAGUAAUGAGAUUAGCUAACAAAAGCAUCAAUCAUCAUCCAACAAUUUCAGCAUUCAUAGAUGCAGUGCAGCUGAGUAACUCAAGUGACUCAGAUAUGUCUCCACAGAUGGACAUUGUUGGUGACUUUGAUCUGGAUCUACAUGACUUGUUAGAAAAACAAAUUGAAGGAAUCAGAAACUCAGUUCAUGGUUCCAAAAAGAGAAUUAGAGAUGAGAUUUCUAUGUUUGAAGAUGUUUCAAAGCCAAAUGGAAGAACACUGAAAGUCGAAAUUUCAACUGAAAAAAAAUCAUUCAAGGAGGUCAACCCGGAGUCAAAAGCAAAAGGGUGGACCAAAAAAACAAGAAUCCCCUGUAAUCCCACCUCCAACAACUGA